CAUAAGAUGAAUAACAUCGUCUCUUCCAUGAAUGAACAAUCUAAAAAUUGAGGAAUAGUACGAAAUAUUUUGAAAAGUAUUCUUAAUUUAAGGUGUUUUAUGGUUUUAAAGUGUCCAUUUGGAAGGAUGAGAGAUACUAUUGGCUACUUUUAAUGAAUUCUGAAUUUCCUUAAAUGGGAUUUCAAAAUAGAAUUUUCCAUUUUGGUUAAUCUAUCAGAAUUUGAAUAAGUGUGAUCAUCAGUCUCUUUCCUGAACAAGUUGAUCAACUUCCCAGGUAGCUAAACCUUAAUCAUCAGUUAUGAUCAUGUUUUUGCGCUUUAAGCUAUUUGAUUUCGCAAAUGUUAACAUGCACGGACCUAGAAAGAUAAUUCCAUGUGCUGUCAAGUAAUUUUUCAAGAAGGGAAAAGGAAAAUCAGAUCAGUUUUGUUGGACAUAAACCUGCAUUUCUGCACCUUUGAACAUCCAAAAGGGAGUAGUUUCAUAAAUCCAUUGUUUUGAACCAUCAAUCUUGAGAUAAGGGCCAAAUUAAGUCCCUCAAAAUUUCAACCUUUUCAGGUGAUCUGUUAACGUAUGAAGUUUUUUCAUCAAGCUGAUGGGUGGUGAUGAGGCUCGACAAUCAUUGCUUUCAGAACAUUCCAAUGAGAAAAAUGACCUUCAAAGGAGAAAGCCUAGAGGUGGUGAUGUCUUGGAGAAGGAGAUCAAGAUCAAAGGAGAAAAUGAUGAACAAAAGCCUUUGAAUCCUCAACGUACAGAUGUAAAACCACUAGCAGAAUUCCAUUUCAGGCCAGUGUUGUUAUGGUUAGCUGCAUACCUAGGGGGAGGAACUAUUUGCUUCCUUCUCACACAGGAUCAGAUAAAGGGCAUAAAAACAAAUGGGUUUCUUGAUGCCAUUUACUUCUGUGUUGUAACAAUGACAACAGUUGGAUAUGGAGAUCUUGUGCCAGAUAGCCAACUGUCAAAACUUCUUGCUUGCAUUUACGUCUUCACUGGAAUGGCUCUUGUAGGGCUAAUUCUUAGCAAGGCAGCAGAUUAUAUUGUUGAAAAGCAGGAAAUAAUCUUAGUUAAAACCAUAUUCAAGGGUGAAAAUAUUGGUCCAGAACAGCUUUCCAAAGAGGUUGAAACCAACAAAGCUAAAUACAAACUCAUCCUCACAGCAUCCAUCUUUUUGGUGCUAAUGAUUGCGGGGACUAUUUUUCUCUAUUUUAUUGAAAAUCUAGAUUUUGUUGAUGCCUUUUAUUGUGUUUGUUCCACAGUCACUACUUUAGGUUAUGGUGAUAAGAGCUUUUCCACCACUUUUGGUCGUGCUUUUGCUGUGUUCUGGAUAUUGAGCAGCACCAUUUGCUUGGCUCAGUCUUUUGCUUAUAUUGCUGAACAUUAUACCGAAAAAAGACAAAGGUCCCUUGCAAAAAGGGUUCUUGCACGAAAAUUGUCCCACCUUGAUCUUGAGGCAGCUGAUCUUGAUGGAGAUCAUGUGAUUGCACAAAUAUUUAGCUUAAUUAUAAGUCAUGAAAUGUUCACAUUCAACAUUCUUCGUUAUUUCAGUGCUACAGAGUUCGUUUUGUAUAAGCUGAAGGAAAUGGGAAAGAUCAGCCAAGAUGAUAUUUUAGCUGUUCUGGAUAUUUUUAGACAACUAGAUUUUGAUCAAUCAGGAACACUGACAGAAGCUGAUCUCAGAUAUAACCCCCUGACUGAAGAGUGAGGUGAAUUAUUGACUGUUAUAUGGAAAUACUUUUUUGACUAUGAAGGUGAUCGAGGCAUGUAGUUUUGAUGAGGACAUGAAGAAAAAUUGUAAGGAAACAGUCACUGAAGUCAAGGAAAGACAAGAUCCAACAACUUCAAAAGCAUGAUAACAUGAACUAAAGCUAGCAAAUGUGUUAGAAAAAUAGUAAAUACUUUUGUUUGUAGAAAUCUAUCUUUGUAUUCUUGAUCUUGUUAUAGUGUUUUAUGGGAAUAACCCUUUGUCAGUUCAUCUAUGCAUUUCACUAUUUCAGCCAAGGCAUCCAUGAGAUGUGGAGUAAAAUAUUAAAUAAAGUAAUCAUGUGGAGAAGUUCAUACUUUUAUUUUCUUUCAUACUGCUGAUUCAUUGUACAUGAUUGAUACAAUUGCCACUUAGACCUGAAUCUGGAUACAGAGAACAAGUUAUCAAUGAUAAUUGUUUUGGACAUAAAACAAAGCUUGAAAUUUUCACUUUAGAAGUU